AAUACCCGGUAUUCUGCGCUAAGUGGAGUCGUCGCCCGCGGGGGUUAAUGCACUAUUGAACAAACGUCUCUAGGUUUCCCAGUGUCAUACUCUGCCUAAAUAACAGUGCUUUUCUUUUUGUUCUAGCUUCUCCGUUGCCAAAACAUAACAAUGGACUUGAAACUUGAGUAAACCUGAAGCUUAACUUUCAAUGCUAUUCUCUGCCGUUUUCUUUUGCGCGCUUUUAUCCUCGCCGGGUCUCCGCUGAGGCCAAUUUGGAGACCGUUCGUAACAGCUCUGGUUAUCCCGUAUCCUCUCUACAUUUACUCUCCUACUGUUUGUGUUUCGGCGCCGGAUUUGGGCUAGAGCGAACUGUCAGUCUCGGCAGCCCUGAGCACUUGACUUUGCUUAGGUUCCAACAGACACAAGACCGCAACUUGAGAGAAAGAGAGGGCGAGGCGGGGGGUGGAGUGGAGAGUUUAGCGCAAAGGGGCAGGACUUCUCUCCCUCUCCCACUCUGGUGCUUUUAAGAGGAAAACUUUGUUUUGUUCUUCAAGUUCAGCUUAGUUCUUGCGAACUGUCUGUCCCCCUUCGCUCACGUCUUUUUCUGCUUGUCUUUAUGUUUUUCCAUGACUUUUUUAUUUCGUCUGUUCAUAAUUCUGGCCAGAACACUUCCGAAACAUCUAGAAGAUGCGCAUCCGGAGUAGACCGGCUACAUUUUACUAAAUUCUGCGCCCAAGUCAUCUUAAACCUGCUGUGUUUGCAAAACGGAAUAUUUAUGCUUCGAUGUGAACGGCUUGUUAUUUAGAUCGCGCCAAUUAUUUGUGUGCCUUAGUCUUUCAUUGGUAGCAUUAUGUCACUAAGGAUUAUUUCCCUGUGUUUUUCAUUGCUGCGUAUAUGCGAUGCUCGUCCCGACUCCGAGCGAGCCUCUUUCAGCGCCCUCUCUCCACCUGCGAACGACUCGCUCCUCACACCUGCCCGGAGGACUGACGGUAUCGUACAGACUAUUGACCGGAUAUACCAUGGAGGCGGAAAAGUGGGUUAUCUUCUGUACAUGGACAACCAGAGGUUUCAACUUGACAUGGAAAGAGACGAAUCUAUACUGUCUCAUAAUUUCAAUUCUAAAUAUGUGGAAACACUACUGGGGGCGGGAGAUGGCGCGCCGCCUCUUCACCGGGAAUGUGUUUACCGUGGGACCGUGGAUUCGAACCCAGAAUCUUUGGCGGUUUUUAGUCUGUGCAGCGGAGGACUUAGUGGGUUCUUUGCAGUUAACCAUGCCCGCUAUACAGUUAAGGCGCUCAUACGGGCGAAAGGACAUGAGAAUGACGUACAAGUUGUGGAAGAUGCUGAUGCAGAGCGGGCUAUCCACUACUACACGCGCGAGAGCUUCAGUUUCGAGGCUGUACCGCUGCGCGAAAGCUGUGGCACUCGCCAAGAAAAAAGGCGUAACGACGGCAUUCGGAAACGCCGGAAGAGAGGUCAAGGGAAGGAGGAAAAGCACCGCUCUGGUUUUGCGCUCAAAGAGGAGAAGCACUGGUCGCAAGCUAGGAGGAGGUGGGCAAAGUUCACGGAGUCAUUCUCACAGGAUGAAGCAAAGAGACGGAAAAGGUCGGUCUCUCGCGCAAGGCACGUGGAACUGCUUCUGGUCGCGGACGAGUCCAUGUCAAAGAAGUAUGGGAAGGAUUUGCGCCAUUACCUGUUGACUUUGGCAUCCAUCGCGUCCAAGCUAUACGGCCACGCAAGUAUCGAGAAUCCUAUUCGUUUAUCUGUGGUUAAGGUCACAGUGGUAACGGAGAAAGAGAAAGGGCUCGAUGUGUCCAAAAACGCAGGCGCGACACUGAAGAGUUUCUGCAAGUGGCAGAAUCAGCAGAAUCCGUUGGAUGACGAGCACGAGCACCAUCACGAUGCGGCCAUCCUCUUCACCAGGCAGGACCUGUGUGGGCACCACUCAUGUGAUACACUGGGCAUGGCUGAUGUUGGCACCGUGUGCUCUCCAGAGCGAAGCUGUGCCAUCAUCGAGGACGACGGCCUGCACGCUGCCUUCACUGUCGCACAUGAGAUCGGGCACCUGCUUGGUUUGUCCCACGAUGACUCCAAUUUCUGUGAGGAGAGGUUUGGCUCUACAGAGGAUAAGAGGCUCAUGUCCUCCAUCCUGACCUCCAUUGACGCCUCCAAGCCCUGGAGCCGCUGCACCUCUGCCACCAUCACCGACUUCUUUGACGACGGCAACGCGGAUUGCCUGCUGGAUGUGCCUCGCCAACCGAUCCUGGGCCCCGAAGAGCUCCCCGGCCAGAGCUACGACGCAGUGCACCAGUGCCGGCUUGCCUUCGGCCUGGAGUACACAGUGUGCCCGGGCAUGGAUGUUUGUGCCCGCCUGUGGUGCGCUGUGAUCAGAAAGGGCCAGAUGGUGUGCCUGACCAAGAAGUUGCCGGCCGUAGAGGGCACACCAUGUGGCAAGGGGCGGAUAUGUCUGCAGGGCAAGUGUGUGGACAAGACGCGCAAGAAACACUAUUCGACCUCUAACCACGGGAGCUGGAGUUCCUGGGGGCCAUGGGGCGCGUGCUCCCGGACGUGCGGAGGGGGUGUGCAGUUUGCCAAUCGCCUGUGCAACAACCCCCCCCCUCGCAACAACGGCCGCUACUGCACAGGAAAGAGAGCCAUCUACCGGUCCUGCAACGUCACGCCCUGCCCUACGCAGAGUAAGAGCUUUAGGCAAGAGCAGUGUGAGCUGAGGAAUGGACCACAGACCGACCCUAAGGGAGUGAAGACAUUUGUAGAGUGGGUACCCAAAUACGCUGGGGUUCUUCCAAAGGACGUGUGCAAGCUAACCUGUAGGGCCAAGGGCACAGGCUACUAUGUGGUGUUCUCCCAAAGGGUGACAGACGGAACGGAGUGCAGGCCCUACAGCGGCUCAGUGUGUGUGAAGGGGAAAUGUGCGCGCACAGGCUGCGACGGAAUCAUAGGCUCCAAGCUGCAGUACGACAAGUGCGGCGUCUGCGGAGGUGACGGCACCGGCUGUGUAAAAGUGGCCGGCAACUUCACCAAAAAGAGUAAGGGCUACACAGAUGUGGUGAAGAUCCCAGAAGGCUCAACCCACAUCAAGGUCCGUCAGUACAAGCCAAAAGGGCAGUCUCGCUUCACAGCCUACCUAGCCCUGCGCCGCCCAGGAGGACAGUACCUCCUCAACGGCAAGUUCAUGAUCUCCACCUCGGAGACUGUCAUCCCCUUGAAUGGCACCGUGCUCAACUACAGUGGCUGGAGCCAGCAUGACGAGACCCUCCACAACAUGGGGCCCGGGGCACUCAAGGAGAGCCUGGUGAUACAGAUAUUAGCGACCGACGCGAAGAAGCCUCUAGACGUACGUUACAGCUUCUUUAUGCCGCGCAAGACACCGCUCCCACCUUGGACAGCACCAUCAUUUUCUGCCACAGCAGCUGCUCUGUCCUCAGCUGAGGUCUUGACCAUGACCACGGAGGUGUCCUCCACUACCAAACCUCCGUCAACAACACCGCCCUGGCCUCGUUGGGUGACUGGGUCCUGGAUGACUUGUUCCAGGACUUGUGACACAGGCUGGCAGAGCCGUACAGUUCAGUGCAAGGACCCAAAUGGUAAGCUGACUAAGGGGUGUCCUCUCAAUGCCCGACCUCCUGUUUUUAAACACUGCUUGGUUAAAAAGUGCUGAGAACCCUGAGUGGAUAUGAACUUUCGCUAAUGGACACGUUUCUUCUUCCCCAUCUGUGGUGGACGGUCUUAAGAGGAGACUGACUGGAGCAGAUAGAAUCUUGUUGAGCAAAAUCCAUUUAAGGUUCUUUUACAAUUGCAUUUGCAUUUGUGAGUGUGCUGAUGCUGUUUUAUGCCCUAAACUUUAUCACUGUUGAACUUUGAGUUUUUGUGUAUUAUAUUGACCUUGGACAAGGAGUGCCAGCCGAGGCCUCUAAUGCAACACAGUGACUUUUUCUGCGGUCUCGGUCCACUGAUGAAUAAACAGUAUGUAGCCACAUCCUUUUGUCCAGACCCUGCCCUUUGAGGUUCAGUGUAUUUACAAAUCAAAUUUGAACUGCAACCCCAAAAAAAUAACACUAGAACUGAAUCUUGAGUUCAUCAUAGAGGACGGCAAGUAAAUUCCUGCACCAUGGGACUGUAGUAAAGACUACUUUGGUUUUGUAGUUGAGCUAUUCUUAGUGGUGCACACUCUGGAAAUCAAAGCCUGUAACAUGCUCAAUGGAGUGUAUUUGUGACCAGCACCUGUUUGUUGAUGUAGAUCUUGUUAUGUUUAUGCACAUUGUCAAAGUGGCUUGAUGUAAUUUCCUUCAUAACUGAAAAACUAUAAGGGCAACCUGAAAUCUGGUGCCAUAUACGUACGUCUUUAUGUCUGUUUUUCUGUGUUUAGGUGCCAUUUGUUUAUAUGUGCCCUGGAUUAUUGUAAUACACCAAGAAGGAAAUUAAUCUGGAUUACAUCCUAUCACCCAUUUUAACCAUUCACACUUUGGCAUGUAGAAAAAUGAAUACUGAUUAAUGCACUUGCUGGAACAUAACUUUCCAUCAGAUUUUGCAUAGAAUACAGCAAUAUUGUUGGACAUGUAAUGCAUUGACAUACAGUGUGAAUUCAUACUGAACAAUUCAUAUUGACAAAACAGAAGCAGUUAUAUUGCUGAAAACAAACACCACUACUCAGACAUGUGAUCUGUGUCAUCAGGAUAUUAACACACAAACGCACACACACAGAUACAUGCACACACACAGAGAAAAAAUAACACCUUACAUUAACACACAUGACUUUUUCUUUUAGGGUUGGGGUAGAUUGAUUUUUAAUGCUGCCACUUCAGAAGAUUCAGUCAGUUAUUAAAAGUCACCACAUUGUUUAAAUUGAUAGAAUGAAUUUAUUGUACAAUGAUUUCAAUUUAUUGCCUGACGUCAGUCCACAUGUUGUGUUGAAACUCAGUCAACUUCAACCCUGACGACCACAUGUAUGCAGUACUGUCUGACUCUCGCCUUGAGAAAACAAAACCCCUUUGCUGAAUGACAGAAAACACAGCACUGAAAUGAUAAUUUAUUGUUUGUACAACUGGUAUGUGAAAAAAAAAAACGUGAUUUUAUUUAUUGUUAUGGUCAUUUUGUAUCAUAAUUACUAUUUAACUAGGAACAUUGAUAUGACUGAGCAGAAUACUUUCUUUUAAAGAAAAUAGUGUUUGUUUUCUUGUCAUCUAAAGAGUAUGUAUAUAAAAAUCUAUAUAUUUAAA